AUGACAUUUAUGCAGAAGUAUUUCAUGUGUAUCAGACUUCAGAUUGCUCUAAGUGCUCAGUUUUUCUGUCUGGCAGAUGAAGAGCAGCCUUCCACCUCAGGACAGCAAGAGAACAGAGAGGCAGACCGAGAAGAGGAGAGAAAAGCCAAAAGAGCCUCCAGGAAGCAGAUAGCGUACCUGGAGAACCUGCUGAAGCUGUACAACGAGGAGAUCUGCCGCCUGCAGCAGGCUGAGCUGAGUCUCACUGACAUGGAAGCGGAGGACUCGUUAUACAUCCAGGAGCACAAACUCAAACGCAAGAUGAUGAAGAUUUAUGAAAAACUGUGUGAACUAAAGGGCUGCAGCACACUAACAGGCCGAGCCAUUGAACAGAGAAUCACCUACAAAAGCACUCGUUACCCUGAGAUCAACAGGAGGAUCGAGCGUUUCAUCAACAGUCCCGAGGUACGACAAAACCCUCCUGAUUACCAGGACAUCCUCCAGCAGGUGUUGCGUGCCAACGAUCGCCACAACCUCUGCUUGACCAGGAAGCAUAUAAACCAGAUCGCCCAGGAGGCGUUCAGAGAGACCGGGAGCCGCAUACAGGACCGCCGUCACCUGGACCUCGUCUACAACUUUGGCUCUAGCCUCACCGACACCUAUAAGCCUGCCACAGACCCGGCUCUGAAGGACCCCUCACUACUGAAGAAACUGCGGUCGAACCGAGAAGUUGCUCUAACUAGCCUGGAGGAGGUCAUCAAGAAGUACGCUUUGAAACAGGACGACACGGAGGAGAAGGAGAGGAGCAAACGACUGCAGAAAGACAGGAAGGACAAAGAGGGCCACACGUCAGGAAAAAAAGUGGAAACUGAAGAGAUGAAUGGCGUGUCUGAGGAGGAAGAGGAUGAAGAUGAUGAAUCCUCAGAUCCAGACAUAGAGGAAGAGAUCCAGGCCAGCACUCAGCAGGAUGGACCAGAUGAAGAAGACAACGAGGAAGACGACAUUAACGAGGUGGCACAAGCGAGCGAAGGCACCAACAAGGAGGAUCAGAACGAUGAUCAGAUUGCACACGUUUCUGCAGGCGAAGAAGGAAGCUUGAAAGAUGAGGACGAGCAGGUUACGAGUCCUGCUUCUGAUGAGACCAAGUCCCAGAUCUCGCUGCUGUCUGAUAUCCCCUCCCCCGCAGAAAGCCCCAGCCAAUCAGAGCCCAUGCAGACUGAUGACCAGAGGCCGUUAUUGAAUGGUGACCACAAGAGCUUACAGGAACCUGCAGAUUCUUCCAGUCAUGAGUCAGUCGUCCUCUCAAACUACAACCAAGGCGAAACGGGCCUCACGGCAGCAGCCAAUGGGAAAGCAUCUCCGUCAUCGCCAGAAGACGGCUUGGAAAGGUGCGGCACGCAGACAAGCAAUGGCACGUCUCCACCGCCCAGCCCCAGAACCACGAGGAGCCAGAAGAGGAAGUGGGAGGAAAGGAACUCGCAGAGUAGAAAGAACCUAAUCAUCCCCGACAGUGAUGCGGACAUCCCUCUGGAUAUGGGCGUUGUGAGCUGCAACUCUCCAGAGACCACUCGAGCAAACACGCCAACGCAGGAAGUGGUCAGCAGCUCGCAGUCGACACCGCCACCGAAGAAAAACAAGGUCAACGUGGCGACACAGUGUGACCCAGACGAGAUCAUCGUCCUGUCAGACUCAGAUUAACCUUUAACCUCAGAACUUUGACUAGAGUCAGAGAGCCAUUUACAGCAGAGGAAGGCUGAGGUUUGAAGCAAAUAAAAGCCAACACGACUGUUUUUGUAAAGAACUGGAAUGAAAUGUUUGUGAUUCAAUGUGUAUAAACGCCAGCUGAAGCAGCAGGUUCUGGGAUGUCCCUGCUGUGCACUACAGAAUAAAGUUUUCAUUUGAUCCGAGCAGGGAAACUCGAGCUGACGCUGACCUCGGCUGCUUCUUGCACUUUGGGUACGGAAACUAACCGCCACUCAUUGUGUCGCUAAAAAUGGUGAAAUACAUUCUGUUUUUUUACUGCUCUGAAGCUGAAAAUACUUCACUGGGAUUCUUUUUACUCGACCUGAACGCUGAUUUGUGGUUGGUGUGUUUUUAGGUAACAAUCAGUGCCUGAUUAAAAUUGAACUGAGCAGUCAGACGUGAGGCCCAGAUGUUGAAUUUCACUGGACAUGGCUGCUCUGGCAAACUUCCAGUUUGUUUACAUUUUUAUAUUUCAAAUCUGUUCUUUCUUAACAGAGCAGGCGGUGAGGUGAUGUUCUCUAUUAAAGUCUUUCUAUUGA